AUGGCGGAAGACAGGUGUGAGGAGAUACUUAAGAGGGUUGACAUAAAUCAUAAGGAUAAUGAAGGAGGAAAGAAAGGCCCCGUGAUCUUACAGGAAGCUUCAAAGUUGAAGGAUCACGGUAAAAAUCUUUUGACUGCUGCCAAAGAUGCUAAGCAGAAAGUUGAGCAGAGAGUCAAGGAUGCCUUGGACGCUGUGAAGGCCAUGGACUCCGAUCUCAGGAAGGAUUUGUUUGACGUUAAGGGAAAGAUCAAGGAAGGGAUUACUAAAGUUAUUAACGAAUUAAAAGUUGGUGAUUUGGGUGAGGAAGUGCAAAAGGAUUUGAAGAAAUUGAGGGAGAAGAUUGUUAAGCUUAGUGAAAACAAUAAGGCCGAAGGUCUUGUAAGAGGGCAGUUGAAAGCUCUUGAUCAGGAAACUCAGAAUGUUAAGCAGAGGAUUAACAAAAUUAAGAGUGAGACGGAUAAGCAGCUUGAGGAUAAAUUUAGGACGAAGAUCAAGGAGCCGCUUGACGUUAAAGUCAAAGCAGUCGAAGAAGCGAUUGCGAAGGUUUACGAGAGAUUUAAUUCACAAGACGGUAGUGUAUCAUCGGAGAAUAAAAAGAAACUUCAAAAGAUUUUCGAGCAUAUUAGAGGACAGGUUGCAGAUAUUAAGGGGAUGAAAGGUGGUAAAACUGGUCUGGAUGGGAUUGUCGCAAACGUAAACGGUCUUUAUGACGCAUUUGUUGACAGCAACAACAGCGGGGUUGACGAUAGAGUUGACGGAUGGCUUGGAAAUAUUUUGGGGAUCAAUGAGAAUCAGCGAGGGACACAGACUGAUGGGAUGAAGGCUGUGACGUCUUGGAUUAAUGUGUAUAAUGGCAAUGCUAGGAAGCUUGAAGACGCUUUGAAAAUUGUUAAGGAUCAAAUUAAGAACGCGCUUAGCAUCCAAAUUAAAGCAGGUCAGAGGCAGAUAACACGAGCAGACACAGAAGAUAACAUUGUCAAAAAUCUUACGAAGGUCAAAGAGGCUUGCCGAGCAUUUGCCGAUGAACUUGAUAAGCAGCUGACGAAAGAAGGAAUUGAACAAUUUGUGAAACCAAUAGUCGAGGGCGUUCAACGUUUGUCAGGAGGGCAUACUCGGUCGAGUGGUAAUGCCGAACAUCUCAAAACCGCCAUUAGAGCCGCACUCAUUGCACUCUGUAGUUGCGUCAGGCAGGUGGCCGCGGAAGUACAGUUCUUAGGCAUAAGCAUGUUUGGCGAAAAGAUAGACGCUAUAAAGCAGACUGCUGAUGGACUUCACACGAAUCUUACCCAUGCGACUAAAUCCACCGAAUCCAGUGAUGCAAAUCCCGACCCUGGCACAGCCCAAGCCGUGGACAAGGCGAUUGACCAAGUGAGGGAGGGUGUUAAGGGGCUUGACGGUAAAUUGAAUGAAGUCAAACAGUCCGUUGUAGAUGCAGUCAAAGGCCUUGACGAGGCUGUCACCGAGUACGACACCAAAGCUAGGCAGCAAGUCAAGGAUGCGGCCAAGGGGGCGAUUGACAAAGCGGCUAACGUGAUUAGUACUCAGAGUGAUGAAAGUAAAAUUGACUUGCAGAAAACGAUGCCGAAUUUCAGUCGCGAGCACAAUGAAAUACAAACUCAGCUUCCAAAUAACCUCCGAGCAUUACUUGAUCUGCACAUUGGGAGCGAUGACACAAGUGACGGUAAAAAAGACCAAGUAAAGCUGUCGAGAGAUUUCAAAAAAUAUGAUGAUCAUGUAAGCAUUGGCUCUCUAACGGACUACGUGUAUGGACGACUCUCGCUAGCUAUUGAGCAGGUUAGAGACGAGGGGCUGACUGAGAUUGAUGAGCUUAUUGGUAAGAGAAGUGGCGUCGGCCCAGCAAUCACAGAGGAUGCAUUCACCGGUGCGUUCGGCAAAAUUGAGAAAGAGCUUAACUACAUCACGAAAUUGGUCUCUGACAAUGGAAGAGGUUUCCUGGGUGAAGUCAAGACGCUGUUGGGUGCUCUAAACAAAGCGCUCGGUGAUGGAAAGUUGGAUGAGGCUGACAAAGGCUUGGAUCACAUUAAGAAGGAAAUCGAACUUCUGCAAACAGGGAAGUUUGACCCCAAUUCCAAGAAAAUUUAUGAAGCCGUAGAAGUAAUUAGGAAGGAGAUUGAAGUGCUUAAGAAGAAGUUGAAGAGUUCAGAUAACAAUGAUGUCAUCAUCAGAUUGGAAUAUUUAAAAAAUGAUGGGCUUGGCGUCGAAAAAUGGAACGGCAACGGUGGUAGUCCAGUAGAUGGUCUCAAGAAAAUCGAGGGUGAGCUUAGAAAACAAAAUGGAGAAUUAGGUACACAACCUGAUAUAAUUCGCAGCGCUAUAAACAAAAUUCAGAGUGAACUUAAGAAGAUAGGAUACAGGUUGAAUGAUGAACUAGCAUAUGACGACGUAGUGGACAGGUUGCUGCGGUUGGAAAUGCAUAUCGGGAAGGAUGACCCUAGAAAUGGCAACCUUCAGCAAAUUGACGACGAUAUUAGUAAGCUGCGAGUAAACCAAUUUGGUAAGAACACCGAUAAAAUUGAUCAGUCCUGCAAAGCAAUAAAAACAGAACUCAGAAUGCUUCACUACCUUUUGCAAAAUGGCAAAGAUAAUGACGUCAUCGAAACGUUGAAAGAUUUAAUGGGCGCCGGAUUCGGGCCUGGUGAGUGGCAAAAAUAUGACAACGAAAAGGGUCAUGAGGCAAUUGAAAAGGAACUACAAAGUCAACUGAAAUCGUUGACCGGCCCACCCAAACAAAUCGAUGCAGGCAUCCACCUCAUUACCACUGUGCUUGAAGAGCUUAGAAAAAAGUUAAAAAGCGAGUCUGGAAGUCCUAAUAAUAGUGUGAUAAGAACACUAGAAGAUUUGCAAAAGAAUGGGCUUGGUGGUGAGACAAUGUCUUGGAAUGGUAAAGAUGGUCUCGGCAAAAUUAAGCAGGACCUUCAAGAAAAAAAUUGGCAGCUGGCGGCGGCAAGCAAAACCAUUGAGGACGCAACCACGAAUGUACUGGAGCAAACGAAUACUGUGCUUAAAAGUGCCAAACAGAGGUUGAGUCAUGAUCUCGUACCGUACGACAACAUAGUGGCAAAUAUGCAGCAACUGCAGAAGAUGAUUGGGAAGGGAGAUGAUAAGGACGGUAAUCUUCAAGCAAUUCAAAAAGUGAUUAAUGAACUGCAAGAACAACAAUUCCAUCGGAAAUCCAACACAAUUGCGCAAGCAAAGAAUAUGAUCGACGCAGAACUUAAAAGGCUUAAAAGUGAAUUGCACAACGAUGUUACCAAGCCGUUGAAUAGAUUGAUGAAGGAUGGGUUUGGCAUCGGUGAAAAGUGGAAUGGCCAGCAUGCCAAGGGCUUCGACACUAUCAAUCAUCAUCUCCAACGUCAACAAGAAACGUUGUCACAACAACCCAAAAACAUACAGGGCGGUGUCGAACUGAUUGCCAAUGAGCUUCAGAGUGUUCGAGGUAAUCUCCAAGGUAAGGACAGCGACGAUCCCAAAAACAGAGGCGUGAUCCGUAAUUUACAAUUCAUGACAAAGCAAAUCGGCAAUAAUGACGAUGAAGGCCUUAAGAAAAUAAAAAGUGACAUGCAGUCCCUCAAGAACGACCAGGGCAAAGGGAUCACUGACAAUUUAGAUCAGCUCUCCAGAGAUAUUCAACACGCUGCUGCAUACGCCGAUUGGCACGUAACUCAGCUGGACAAUCCACAUAUCGACGGCAAACUCAAAGGCAUACAAGAUGGUCUCACCAACCUCCAACUCACCGACCUGGCCGAAGCCAUCACCAUGUGCGACAAUUUCCUUUGGGACGCCGACGAGAUAGAGAAAAACACCAUCGCCGCCCUUUGGAAGCACGCCGACGAUGAGGUGGGCGAUGCCAUCAAGGACCUCACCAAGGAGGCCCGUGGGCUGUACGUGGACUCGGUGAGGGAAGCGUUGGAAUUGUUUGCCAAGAAAGUCAACGAGGAUUUAAACCUGCUGCCACAUGAGAUAAACAGGGAUAGGUACGUGGGCUAUAAAGGGUUCAUGAAUGCGGUGGAAGGUGAGAACGGCGUUAAUAUCAAUAAGCUCAAGUGCGUGAAAAGCAGAGAACUGAAACUACUAUCUUUCGUCUUCGGCGAUUUCUUCGGUGAAGUCAACGAGUACGUCGAAGGGGAGCUCACCAGGCUGCACGAUGAGCAGAACAAAGAGAAGAAUCCCUCUUUGCCAGCAACCGAAGAGACAUACACGCCUAAGCUUAAUGAUGUAUAUGAAGCGCUCACCGAGUUACUCGCCUACCUAAGGGACUAUGAUAGCGAUGCCUACAAACUCACCGAGCUGCUUGAGAGGCUGACCAGGGCGCUGGGUAAUUUGGCACCCUCCGACUUCAAGCACCCGUCCACUCCGCUGCUGGACACCGUCGCUCGCGGCCUUUCCAAAUUUGCCGGUGAGUUCGGCAACACGUAUAUCUCCGCCUACUCCGGUCAGCGGUUCAGGGAGGAGCACUCCUACAAGUACGCCAAAGUUUUACUGAGCAUGGUACCUAUGAUGUACAAAGGGCUUACCAAGUUGGCGACGAAGUGUGCUGGUGACUGGAAACAUCUUCAUAUUACUGAGUGCACCUCUGACGACAAGGACAACGCACUUGGCAACUACCUCACCAGGUGCGGCUACAGGGUGUCCACUUCCGGGAGGGAACAGGACGGCGAGUUGAACCACAUGUUUACUGGCGCUGGAAUUCACGAGCUACUUGUCACGCCAAUUGAGGAUGUGAGCAUCGAGAUGAUGAUUGGUGGUGAGCCAAUCAAAAAUGGAAUGAACUUUGUUACCAUCAUAUCGCUGCUCUACAACACCCUAUGCCACUACUUCCAGGUCUGCCACAUCCCUGUUCCCCCUGAAUCACGAUACGCCUGCACAGUCAAGGACAUGCUGUCGUGGCUCUCCGGGCUGCAGUAUACACGUGUUGCAGACAAGCUGUCUGACCACUGCAAGGCGUUGCUCAACCGCCGGUGCCACGAUGGCGACACCCCCCCACAGGGACGAUCCCAUCAUGGCCAUCUAACAUAUACCAUUGCAACAACAUGUUCACACUCCACCGCCCUGAUCACCGCCAUCCAGGGCAACGGCCAGGGCUUUGACCUCGCAGCCUACCCAUAUUCGGUUAACUUCUCCAACAACCGCGCCAGGCUCCAUUACCCCGAUGACCCAGACGCACUGCUUGAGAUGCUUCGUGAUAUAGUAUGCCGUCUUUGUAGAGAGCUCUACUUCCUGUACUCCCAGUGCUGCUGCAGCACCGCCCGGGUCAAGGGGUGGCGAGAGUGCAGAUACGGCAGGCAGGUGCAGUCACACAACUGGCAGUGUUAUACAUUUGACACGCAAUACGCUACCAGUGCUACAACAACUACUGCUGCAACUACUACAACUACCACUUCCUCCACCACCAUUCACGGCUGCCCUCCCACCUCGCCGCUCCAGUCGUUCCUCUCCGACAGCUGCCACGGACUCUUGCCGCAUACCCUCACCGCUGCUGACGGGACCAUCGAGUGUGCCAACUGCGCUGCCAACCAACCUGGCCAGCAGUGCCUCACUCUACUCGGCUUCUGGGAUAUAGGCUUUGCCGCGUCCAUACGUGGCACCGGCUGGGAUCUUGCUAAGCGCAUCGGCGAUAUGUGCCGUGAUGCCGAUUCAUGCCUGUUCGUGCUCUGUCGGACUCUGUUCUUGCUUUGCCCCGCCGCACCCUCAUCACUCGCCGACGUGUUUGCAUUGUAUGCUCAGGUGUUACGGCAGUGGGACUCUCAUGACCAUGUUAAGCACCGUGGCGGCACGUACACCGAUGCCUCCGAUUUCAUAUCGCACCUCAACACUGACGGCAUCGACAGCCUCUUCCCACUGUGGACGCAGCUCCACGGCAGCUAUGAAAAUCACAAACUCACCAGUGUCAUUGCAUCUCUCGCCGGCCAUAACCAUGAAAGCCACGAUGCGCUGUCUAGCCUUUUCAACAACUCCACUUGCAAGUCACCCAGUGGCUGCGCUCCUUACCUCCAACCCCUAGGACUCCACGCCCACCACACCUACCCGCAGAAGCACGCUGGGCUAUACAUCACGUGGAUAGUGUACCUGGCGUGGCAGUUAUGGGAUUUGCUAUGCGAACUACUGCAGGCGCUGGACAACAUCGACUGCACGGCCUCCGGGUGCGCCACAUGCCCCUGCCAACCCGGCAUACACGGUGGGAAGGACACCUGCCACUGCCCUUCCAUCGUCCAGUGCGCCGGAACCCUGCCCACCCUCUACCGCUACGGAUUCACGUAUCGCAACGCAGAUCUCCUGGUCACUGACAACUAUGCCAUGUGCUGCGGAGACCUCAACGCACAACUCGAACAGGCACUGCACUCCGGCCACUUCACCGAAUUGUUUCAUCAAAUUGACCAACUCAUCUGGCACAUCCGGAUGCCGUUCUUCUACUUCUUCAUCGCACUGUGGUCUCUCGUGGCGCUGUACAUACUCCACACUUUCCUCUACCGCAUGGACAUCUUACGCAUCAGGUCACAUCUCCUGACCACCAAGGCCUCUCACCUCAUCGACGUCAAGGCGCUACUCGUCCUUAGCAGAAAAAUGCUCACUUUACCACGCCAGUUACUUCAUUGA